GACAGUCGCAGAAGCAAGCGCAACACAAACAGCAAACUAGCAUCGACCGGUGGUGCAGCGAUGGCGGUGGCGGCUCCGGCGUCCGUGCCGCGCAUGAAGCUGGGCUCCCAGGGGCUGGAGGUCUCGGCGCAGGGUCUCGGCUGCAUGGGCAUGUCCAUGGCGUACGGCGAGCGCAAGCCGGAAGCCGACAUGGUGGCGCUCCUCCGCCACGCCGUCGCCGCGGGGGUCACCUUCCUCGACACCUCCGACGUCUACGGCCCGCACACCAACGAGGUCCUCAUCGGCACGGCGCUGCAGGGCGGGGUGAGGGAGAAGGUGCAGCUCGCCACCAAGUUCGGCAUCACGCCGGACCUGAUGGAGGUGCGCGGCGAACCGGCGUACGUGCGCGCGGCGUGCGAGGGCAGCCUCCGGCGCCUCGGCGUCGACUGCAUCGACCUCUACUACCAGCACCGCAUCGACAUCAGGGUGCCCGUCGAGGUCACGAUUGGUGAGCUCAAGAAGCUGGUUGAAGAAGGGAAGAUAAAGUACAUCGGACUGUCCGAAGCGUCUGCAUCAACAAUCAGAAGAGCGCACGCAGUUCACCCGAUCACCGCCGUCCAGGUGGAGUGGUCUCUCUGGUCACGAGAUGUAGAGCAGGAUAUAAUCCCAACGUGCAGAGAACUUGGCAUUGGGAUCGUGGCAUACAGUCCAUUAGGCAGAGGGUUUUUCUCCGGUGGAGCCAAACUGGUCAAGGAACUGCCCGACGACGAUUUCCGCAAGAAUCUACCAAGAUUCCAGCCAGAGAACCUGGAGAAGAACGCCCUCAUAUUUGAGCGUGUCAGUGAGCUGGCCGCAAGGAAAGGCUGCACGUCAUCGCAGCUCGCACUAGCCUGGGUUCACCAUCAGGGAAGCGAUGUCUGCCCCAUACCUGGAACCACAAAGAUCAACAACUUCAACCAGAACCUGGGAGCGUUGUCGGUGAAGCUCACGCCCGAGGAGAUGGCAGAGCUUGAGUCCUAUGCCGCCAUGGAUGAUGUCCAAGGUGACCGGUAUCACAGCACAUUCCUGAAUACCUGGAAGGAUUCAGACACCCCUCCUCUGUCAUCUUGGAAAGGAAAUUAGAAAUGGGUACUGUUAUCUGAGUGCAUUCGCUAUAGAUGUAUUUGCAUAGUUGCCACCAUCAGAGCACCUCGAGCUAGGUGAUUAUAUAUCAUACAAGCAAAUAAAUGUUGUAAGGAUCUUUUUGAAAUAUCUUGUUUCCCAUUAUAAUUUAAAAGAUCGCAUUGUGCGUAAUUUCCUCUUCAUAAA